CACUAUUCAUAUCCUGGACAUUUUUACAGUCUUUCGCUGCAUUUCUCGCCCUUCGUUCGAACUUGACACUUAAAUCAAGGCCCAACCUUUUAUUCAAAGUGUGAAUCAAGUGCACGACAACUGUCUUGGGCACAGAAUAUCUACGGCUGCCGUCAUAAAGUACAUCACGUCUACUCAAAAUCGCGCCGACGACAUCAAUAGGCCGGUCGAGGAUUACGGGUGACCACUUUCUAAACAGAGGUGGCAUUCUGAAUUGGCAAUGCGCAGUGAGAAUGAUCAUCCGAACCUUUUCAAGGAUUCUGGCAAUUCUCGACUUGGAAUAGUCUACCCAAUCAUCUGCAUAAUUUGCGCCCUCCUGCUUGCUCGGCGUAUCAGACAUCGACAACGAACAAAGUACAUUCUACCGAGGGGGCAAAUGGACACGCCAUCCGAGAAACAUGGUGGCAAACAGUCGCCCGGUCUAUCAGACCCGGAGCUUUCUUACUCUACGCGUGACAUUCACCACCGUUUGCCGCUGCCUUCCGCUUGCGAUAUCCUGCAUCCUCUGUCCCAUUCAACGUCAUUGCCUUCGAGUGGCUACCUAGCCGCUGUCUUGAUCGAAGAUCGAAAACAGAAGAUGGAUCAGGCCUAUCAGCUUGAGGGCGAAUGCACUUCACCGACAAGUCCCGAUUGCACGACUGUUGGUGAGUCUGCAUUAGUGGGUUUGCGAACGGACUGCAACCUGCUUUCUGGGACUGUGAACCCUCCUACGCCGACUGAUGAUUCGUCCCAAGCUACAUCUCUCCCAACAAGACGGAGCACAGAUGUGGCUGAUCGGCAACAUCCCAAUUCUCUGGACUUUGGUGCAUCUUGGUCCGUCCAAAAGCGAGGGGAACAUGUCGAAUUCUUACGCGAUGUGGACGAAGAGGGUGCCCGGACAUGGAGACGGCUGCUGAAACCAACAGCGGACCUGGCUGCAGCUACACGGCAGACAAGGAACAACACGGCAGUCUACCUAUGCACGAGUGAAUGCCCAACUUCUCGUAAACGCCCCUCCUCAGCCCCUCUUGCUAUCGCGGCGAAAAAAUUACCGAGAGGCAAAUCCCAGACGACUCUUCCAAGGACACUUCGGCUUUCUCCGUCGUCACCGAAGAGCUCUAACGAGAUGACCCUAACCACCUACCCAGCUACCACCGACCCCUCCGAUCUCGCCGCGCUGAACCUCUCCCGCCUCGUCGAUCGUCUUGAGUUUAAUAUCCUUUCACCAAAUGCAGAUCUGAAAUCCUUGCGGCGCUCGGAGUACCAGCGGAUCAGAGUGGGCGUGAACAUAGAGUACGCUCGCGCCACCCUUCAGGCCCUCGAACGCAGCCUACCCCAGAUCAAACCUGUUGACCGACGGCACGAGCUCCAGUCUAGUCUUUCGCGCAACCGGCAGACACUCAAGCAAGUCCAGAACGUCCUCGACGAGAUCCAGGCUGAGGAGGAGUCCCGGGUGUCGGCACGCGGAGAUGAGUGGGAUCUUGGUGAAGACGAGGACGAUGAGGAUGCAGACUCAGAGGGAGAUGAUCUCCUAAGGACGCCAGACACGGCUGGUGAGGCUACGCCGGAAGAUAGUUUUGAGGCGCCGGAGGCUGCUAGGGAGAAAUCCGAUAUAGAUGUCCCAGCUACCACCAUAGUCGACGCAGGUUCAUCACCAUCACCUACAUCAACAGCACCCGUGCCUGGUCCUGCACUCCGAAACAGACAUCAGAACAUUGCAACCGCUUCAUCACCAACAUCAAAUCUCAAACCAACAGCAACCGCAACGGGCACCUCCUUGCACGACGCUGCGAAAACUUCAGAACCUCAGACUGCGGAUACUGAAGAGGCUCUCGCAACCGACCGCCUCGAACAAGAAAACCUCACCUCCUCCCUUCUCGACCUCGCGACACAACUCAAAACCUCCUCCCAACAAUUCCAGGCAUCUCUUGAAGCCGAAAAAUCGGUCCUCGCUCGUGCAGCGGAGGGCCUUGAUCGCACCACGGGAAACCUCGCUGCUGCAGAGCGGCGAAUGGGCAUGUUGCGCCGGAUGACGGAAGGGAAGGGGUGGUGGGGGCGGAUGAUGCUUUAUGCAUGGAUUUUUGCGCUCGUAGCGAGGUUUCUAGGUGUUUUGGGCGUUCCUAGCCUACUCAAGGCUAUCAAUUCUCCAUUUUACUCUGGUGUCAUCGCCUGCUAUAUAACCACUGAGCAACCGGAGCGUGACACAGGAAAAGAAAGAAUCACGAUACUGAAUUUUGCAUACAUUGUUUUUGCCUUGUCGAAUACAUCAAAACGAGUAGGUAGAUGUGGGAUAUAUCAUUAUCCGAUUCGCAAGCAGACAAAAAAGGGAACAGGAGAGAAGGACAAGGGCCAUCCCAGGCAAAGACAUGGCAUGGUAGCAGGCACCUCGAGUGACACGGUUAGUGAGGGAUAGCCUCAUGCUGUAGAUAGGAAAGAAAAGAAAAGAAAACCCCCCCUGCUCUGUGUCAUGUGGAUAUCGGUAAUGCUGAA